AUGGCUGCAGCCGCUGCACUAAAUGAUGUCCAAAUUUCUAUUCCUGAGGGUCAAACUGAGAGUAAACAACGCCAACAACCCGAUUUUGAUUACUCUCAAAGGGCACAGUGGCUUCGAGCUGCUGUGUUGGGAGCCAAUGAUGGUUUGGUCUCAGUUGCAUCAUUGAUGAUGGGUGUAGGAGGCGUUAAUAAAGACGUUAAGGCCAUGAUUCUUACCGGCUUUGCAGGGUUAGUUGCCGGGGCUUGUAGCAUGGCUAUAGGCGAGUUUGUGUCCGUAUACUCUCAACUGGACAUAGAGGUGGCUCAAAUGAAGAGAGAGAAGAGGAGAGGGAUGGGAGAUAAUGAAGUAGUAGUAGUACAAGAGACACAGAAGGAAAAGCUGCCCAAUCCAGUGCAGGCAGCUUUAGCAUCCGCGCUUGCGUUUUCACUCGGGGCCAUAGUGCCGUUGCUUGCUGCUGCAUUUAUACACGACCACAAGGUGAGGAUGGGUGUGGUGGUGGCUGCAGUGAGCUUGGCAUUGGUGGUGUUUGGAGGGGUUGGAGCUGUGCUGGGGAGGACUCCUGUGGUGAAGUCCUGUGCUAGGGUGCUAAUUGGAGGUUGCAUGGCCAUGGCGAUUACUUUUGGACUGACCAAGUUAAUUGGCAUUGGUGGAUUGGAAAUGUGA